CAGCUCCUCUGGACUUUACUCCGAGCAGGAUCAAACCUCAGUGGCAUUAACGCAGAAUGGAUGUGAAGCUGCUGGCGGUCGUGGCUGCGCUCACGGUGGCGAUAUAUGCGCCCCCAUCCCGAGCAAAGCCCAUCAGCCUGGUGGAGAGAUGCUACUGUCGCUCAACAGUCAACAGCCUCCCACGGGGCUACAUCCGAGAGCUCAGGUUCAUCCACACACCCAACUGCCCAUUCCAAGUGAUCGCCAAGCUGAAGACAAACAAAGAGGUGUGUGUGAACCCAGAGAUCCGGUGGCUGCAGCAGUACCUGAAGAACGCUAUCAACAAGAUGAAGAAAUCCAAACAGGGCAACUGAAAGCUCCUGCAAAGAUCCCCCUGAGCCGUCGCAGCUAUGUAACAUGUGAUAUGAGAUCAUCUGGUAUGUUGUACAGCACUUAUCCCGGCUGCCACGCGGCAGCCUCAUGCAUGGAGUAAACCUGCAACUCUUCACCAUGAACACCAGCCCUGUCGCCGUUUUCACCAUCCUCGCCAUCACCACUCUCACCACUUAUAGAGAUCGUAGAUGUUAUUAGUGCAAAGUGCAAUUAUAUCUGUGAGUGUAUGUUUUUCUAACUAUAAUAUGUAUAUACUUUUUUUUGUUAAUGGACUUCCACAGUAAAGAGAUAUUUUUGGA